AAAUCAAACGAAGACCUUAACAAGAAGAGAAAAUAAAAUCAAAACAAACUUAAAUAACAUUAAAUGCAAAGGACAUUCGCAUGUGUGUGGUGGUGGAAAGAAAAUUCAAAACAAAAUUCACAAUUAGAAAACGCAGAAAAAAACGUAGAAAACGUAGACGCAAAAUCAACUGCAGCAACAGCAACAGUAACAGCAGGAACAACAACAACAACAACAACUGUAACUGCAACUGCAACUGCAACAAACUGUCAACAACAACGCGAACAAUUUUGAAUUGUAACAUUUCGACAAAUAAGUUGAGUGAAAGCAAAAUUUCAACGUUCGGCGCAACUAAACGAAGACAUCAAAAGCGAGUAAGAGGGAGAAAGAGACACAUUGAGUUGGCCCGCACCAAGGAUAAGUAGCAAGAAAAGCAACCAGAAGUUCGGGUCAAACAAAAGUUUUGAAGCAUAGCAAAUACACACAGAGACACACUGAAACACACAUCGAUAACUCGGACCUACACACAACCGGCAAGCCAAGCAUAAAGUAAAAGAUUACAGAUCGGACAACUGAGAAGACUUAAACUUGAAAUUACGCAUACGCCGCCUGAGCGCAACAGCGGCGAAUUACUCGACUCAAGUGAGGAGAGGAACAAAAGGGGAAAGCGACACGACAACGCCGACAACAUCGCGAACAGCCAAUCGAAGCCAAGGCGAAGUAAUCGCUCUCGCAUUCGCUAGCAGGAGAAGAGGCUUCCUGCAUGUGUGUGUCUGACGCUGUGAGAGCGCAACUGAACGUGCUAGAGAGUAACGCGGCGAAGGCGACGGUGAGGCAACGUGGAGAGGCGAGUGCGGGCUGCUGCUGCUGUUUGGCAUCAUCUUAUGAUGUCAUCAGAGGAGUACGACGCGGACUGUUUUGGUUUGUACAGCGAUGAGAACGAUGUGCUGCUAAAGGCGACGGCAACAACGGCCACAACCACAUUGGAGAUAGAAGCUGAGUGUAAGCUGCAACCCCCACAGCAGGCGAAGAGCGUAGCGAUUGCCGUGCCGCCACCACCAACACUGCAGCCACUACAGGCAAGCAACGGGAACGGCAACGGCAACGGCAACGGCAACGGUCUCACAACACCAAUACAAAUAAACGGCAUCGACGACGCGGCGAACUGCGGCGAAAACGUUAGCGAAGCGGAGAAGCAUUGCAAAGGCAAAGGCAGCAGCGAUUCGGACGACGACGAUAACGACGAGGGCGACUCUGACUCGGACGACGUCGUUGUAGUCGAAGGCAACUGCAAGGCGACGACGACGGCCGUAGCAGCGGCAGCGCCAGCCAACAGUAACCGUCGUAGCCGCAGUCGCAGUCGCAGUCGCAGUCGUAGUAGUCGCCGCAACGCACACAAGCGACAAAUCAGUCAGUCAACGGCCGUCGACAAGACAACAACGUGCGCGGCUAAAAAACCAGUGACUACAGCAGCAACAGCAACCAAAGUUGCCAACAAUUGUAGCAACAGCAGCAAUUCGAACACGAACUCGCACUCGACAGCGAGCUUAGUGAGAAAUCGUCGCACGCGCACGCGAUCCUUGAGCAAAGACAGCAACAAUUUCAGUAACAGUAACAAUAACAAUAACUUAAACAGCAACAGUGUUAGUAAUAGUGUUAACAAUAACAGCUGCAGCAACGGCGGCGCAACGGCAACCGCUGCCUUCAUGAGUAGCGCUGCUGCGGCUGCUGCGGGUGCCGCUAGUGGUGCACUCUACACUAACAACAACAACAACAGCAUCAGCAAUAGUAACACGGCCAACUCAAAUCUAAGCCCAAUUGCAACAACAAUUGCCACAACAGCAACAACAGCAGCAUCAGCAACAGCUCUAUCCGGCUGCAGUUCGCCGGGCUCCGUGAAUUCCGCAUCAUCGCUGCUAACCGCAGCCUUUGGCAAUCUUUUUGGCGGCUCCUCGGCGAAAAUGUUAAACGAGCUGUUCGGGCGGCAAAUGAAGCAGGCACAAGAUGCCACCAGUGGGCUGCCACAGAGUCUCGACAAUGCAAUGUUGGCAGCAGCCAUGGAGACGGCCACCAGUGCCGAGCUGCUGAGUGCGGCCGGCUUGGUGAACAGUCUCAACACCAGUAAAUUGCUCAAUAACAACAACAACAACAACAACACACCGCUUAGCAAUGGCAACAAUAAUAAUGCCUCGAUAUCGCCAGGAUCGGCGCAUUCCUCAACGCCCAAGGGCGGCAACAGUCGCCGCGUGUCCAACAGCAGCGAUCGAUCGCUGGAUGGCAAUCUGGCAGCAGCAGCAGCAGCCGCAUCCGAUGUUGCUGGUGGCUCACCGCCGCGUGCUGCUUCGGUGAGUUCGUUGAAUGGUGGCGCCAGCAACACAAACGAGCAACAGCAGCAGUUGCAACACGACUUGGUGGCACAUCACAUGCUGCGAAAUAUAUUGCAAGGCAAAAAGGAGUUGAUGCAGCUGGAUCAGGAGCUACGCACGGCUAUGCAACAGCAACAGCAACAGCAACAGCAGCAGCAGCAACAACAGCAACAACAGGAGAAACAGCAACAGGAACUCCACUCCAAGCUCAAUAAUAAUACCACCACCAACAACAACAACAACAACGUUGUCUCUGAGAGCAUCAAUUUGAUAGAGGACUGUGAAAUGCCAGAGAUUAAAAUCAAAAGUGAGACCGAGCUGAUGGGCCCACAUGCAGCAACACAUGCGCCGCACUCGCCACACAGUGGCAGCAGCCACAGCCACAGCAGCAGCAGCAGCAGCAACAGCAACAGCCACAACAGCAGCAGCAACAGCAUCGCCAGCAACGGCAGCCUGCGACGCAAGUCCUCCGAUUCACUGGACAGCAUGCAGCGCGAGGAGCGCGCCACGCCGACAGCAGCAGCUGAGGCCCAGCUGCAGAAUGAAGUGCUGCCCACCAAAAAGGAGACCGUGGACGAUAUGCUGGACGAGGUGGAGCUGUUGGGCAUGAGUGGGCAUGGUCAUUCGCGCAACUCGGAUCUAGAAUCGCUGUCGUCGCCCAGUCACUCGGACCUGCUGCUGCUGGCAAGCAGCAAGGACGAGGUGCUGGACAACGACGACAUCAUCGAAGAUGACGAGGAUGAUGAAGAUGACGACGAUGACUGCAUUGAGACCAAACGUGACGCCAACAGCAGCUCCAGCUGCCUGAAGAAACCAGGCAUGGAGCUGAAGCGCGCACGCGUCGAGCACAUCGUGUCCAGCAUGCGCUGCAGCCCCUCCUCGGCCACGGCGCAGGCUGGCCAGCUGCAGGUGAAUGGCUGCAAGAAGCGCAAGCUGUAUCAGCCCCAGCAACAUGCCAUGGAACGCUAUGUGGCCGCCGCGGCGGGUCUCAAUUUCGGACUCAAUCUGCAGAGCAUGAUGCUCGACCAGGAGGACAGUGAGUCCAACGAGCUGGAGUCGCCGCAGAUACAGCAGAAGCGCGUGGAGAAGAAUGCGCUGAAGUCGCAGCUGCGCUCCAUGCAGGAGCAGCUGGCCGAGAUGCAGCAGAAAUACGUGCAGCUGUGCACGCGCAUGGAGCAGGAGUCGGAAUGCCAGGAGCUGGACAAUGAUAACGAACAGGACUUGGAUAGCAUGGAGCAGGAGCCGGAGCCGGAGCAGGAGCAGGAGCAGGAGCAGCAACAAAACGAUGACAUCGAGCUCUCCCAUUCGCCCACGCUGAGCGAAUCGACGCCCAAGGAUUCUGUGGAGCGGGCUGGCUCCAGUUCGCCCACACUGAAGCCGCAGAGCAGCAGCAGCAACAAGAGCAGCACCGAUAACACCGCUGUCACCACACCCAACAUGCUCACCCAGAUGAUGAGCAAAAUGAUGUCCAGCAAGCUGCAGCAGCACAAUCCCCUUGUGGGCGUGCCACAUCCUGCGAUACCGCAAGGCUUUCCGCCCAUACUGCAACACAUGGGCGAUAUGUCGCAUGCGGCAGCCAUGUAUCAGCAGUUCUUCUUCGAGCAGGAGGCGCGCAUGGCCAAAGAGGCUGCCGAGCAGCAGCAGCAGCAGCAACAGCAACAGCAGCAGCAACAGCAGCAGCAACAGCAGCAGCAGCAGCAACAGCAACAGCAGCAGCAACAACAAGAGCAACAGCGCCGCUUCGAGCAGGAGCAGGAGCAACAGCGACGUAAGGAGGAGCAACAGCAGCAGAUGCAGCGCCAACAGCAGCAUCUGCAACAGCUGCAGCAACAGCAGCAGCUCGAGCAGCACGUUGCCGCUGCCACACCACGCGUUCAGCUCCAUCCGCCCGCUCGCUUGCCCACACGCAUGGGCGGCGCAGCUGCCGCACACAGCGCACUGAAGUCCGAGCUAUCCGAGAAGUUCCAAAUGCUACGCCAGCAGAACAGCAGCAACAGCAACAGCAACAACAGCUCCAUGAUGCGCAUGUCCGGCACCGAUCUGGAGGGUCUGGCCGAUGUGCUCAAGUCGGAGAUAACGACAUCCCUCUCCGCGCUGGUGGACACAAUCGUCACCCGGUUCGUGCAUCAGCGGCGCCUCUUCAGCAAGCAGGCGGACUCGGUGACUGCAGCUGCCGAGCAGCUCAACAAGGAUCUGAUGCUCGCCUCGCAGAUACUCGAUCGCAAAUCGCCGCGCACCAAGGUCGUCGCCGAUCGCGGACAUGGCGGCAGCAGCAGCGCCAACGCGGGCGCCCAGAACGGACCGACGUCAGCAAUACAAUCAGGUAACAAUAACGCCUCACUACUACUAGCUAAUAGUCAGCAGCAAGCGAGUCAGGGUCAGGGCAACAGCAGCAGCAGCAGUGCCACUCAACAACAGCAGCAGCAGCAGCAGCAGCAACUUGCACAGCAGCAGCAACAGGCCGCACAGCAGCAACAGCAACAUCACCAACAGCAACAACAGCAGCAGCAGCCUCUCAAUCAAUCUCAAGUCAUGUCUGCAAUGGCAGCUGCACAGCAGCAAUUGCCCAAUUGCCAGCAACUGAUUGCUGCUCCCCGGCUCAAUGGCAAUCAAUUGUCAUUUGCCUCACCCGCGGCCGCUGCUGCCGCCGCCAUGGGCCUGCAAAUGCAUCAUGCUGCCGCCGCGGCUGCCAUGCAGCAGCAGCAACAGCAACAGCAACAGCAGCAGCAACAGACGAACGAAGUAGCUGUUGCUGGGAGCAAUGCGGUCAAUAAUGUUAAUCAAUCGAAUGCAACUAACAAUAGCUUAAGUUCACUUAAUAUACCACCACCUCACAUACGUCCCUCGCCCACAGCAGCGGCCAUGUUUCAGGCGCCCAAAACGCCGCAAGGCAUGAACCCGGUAGCUGCGGCAGCGCUCUACAAUUCGAUGACAAGUCCCUUCUGCCUGCCGCCCGAUCAGCAGCAACAGCAGCAGCAGCAACAACAAGCCGCACAGCAACAGCAGCAACAGCAGCAGCAGCAGAGCGCCCAACCGACGCAACAGCAGCUGGAGCAGAACGAGGCUUUGAGCCUGGUAGUGACACCGAAGAAGAAGCGUCAUAAGGUGACCGAUACACGCAUCACUCCGCGCACCGUCAGUCGCAUAUUGGCUCAGGAUGGCGUUGUGCCGCCUAGUGGACAGGCAGCUGCCGCAGCAGCAGCCGUUGCUGCCGCGCAACAGCAGCAACAACAACAGCAUCAGCAGCAACAACAGCAGCAGCAGCAGCAGCAGCAGGGCAGCAACAGCAGCAGCAACAACAAUGCAACGCCCGCACAGAGCCCAACGGGUCGCGGUCAAUCCUCCGGCACGUAUCACCCGCCACCACCACCACCACCACCCAUGAUGCCAGUGUCCUUGCCCACAUCGGUGGCCAUACCAAAUCCAUCGCUACACGAAUCCAAAGUCUUUUCGCCGUACAGUCCAUUCUUUAAUCCGCAUGCGGCGCCGGGUCCACACGGUCCGCCACAUGGCGGGCAACCCACCGCUGCACAGAUGCACCACCAGCACCACCAUCAGAUGCAGCUCUCAUCGAGUCCACCCGGCAGCCUUGGGGCUCUGAUGGACUCACGCGACUCACCGCCACUGCCACAUCCGCCAACGAUGCUACAUCCCGCUCUAUUGGCAGCCGCCCACCAUGGCGGCUCGCCAGACUACAAGACCUGCCUGCGAGCCGUCAUGGACGCCCAGGAUCGGCAGUCCGAGUGCAACUCGGCCGACAUGACAUUCGAUGGCAUGCAGCCUACUUCUUCAACAUUGACACCGAUGCACCUGCGCAAGGCCAAGCUGAUGUUCUUCUGGGUGCGCUAUCCGAGCUCAGCGGUGCUCAAGAUGUACUUCCCGGACAUCAAGUUUAACAAAAACAAUACAGCACAAUUGGUGAAAUGGUUCUCGAACUUCCGAGAAUUCUACUACAUACAAAUGGAGAAAUAUGCACGUCAAGCUGUCACUGAAGGCAUCAAGACACCCGAUGAUCUGUUGAUUGCUGGAGAUAGUGAAUUAUAUCGCGUGCUCAAUUUGCACUACAAUCGCAAUAAUCACAUUGAGGUACCCCAAAAUUUUCGCUUUGUGGUCGAACAGACACUGCGUGAAUUUUUCCGUGCAAUACAGGGUGGCAAAGACACCGAGCAAUCGUGGAAGAAAUCCAUAUACAAAAUAAUCUCACGCAUGGACGAUCCCGUGCCCGAGUACUUCAAGUCGCCGAAUUUUUUAGAGCAGCUGGAAUAAGUGGAGGAGUUGGCUAUGCCAACGAUGCCACCACCUCUCAAUCAAUCUACGAACCCUGCUACAACAACAACAACUACUACAACACUAACAGCUACAACAAGAACUACUGCAACAACAGCAAUGCCGAAAGCGAAGCGAAAACAAAAGUUAAAAAGUUAAAUCUACGUAAGAAAUACAACUGGAUAUAAUGCAAAGUAAAAUUGUAUUAUUAAACACACAACAACAACAACAACAACAAGAGGCAACACACAUUUUCAUAGGUAUUCGCCAUUUUUAGGCCUCUCGUCGAAAUUUUAAGCUAGAAACAGAAACAAAAAAAAAAAACAACAAAAAAUCGAAUCAAACAAUUUCUUUAGAGCCGUAAAAUAUUUUUUAAAAAUUUCGAAAAUGCUGUCGCCGCUAACUGGUAACAUAACAAAAACACAAUUAUAGCCGCAUUUCGUAAUAGGUUUAACACACUCCCACACACAUACACACACACACAAGCCUCAACUGAAGAGAAUGAAAAACAUAUUUAUAUCUGCGCUGAAGCGUAUGCAGCGUAUUUGAUUUGAUCAGCUACCAAAUGUUGUUCGAACCAAAGAACACGAAAUAUAGUGCAAAUUUAAAACCUGAGCCGUUAAACAAAGUCAAAACACACUCUCACACACACACACACACAGAGACUACAAAUGUAUUUAUACAGAGUGUAAACUGUACUCUGACCGUUGGGUUGCUUAGUUGAAAUUUUUAAAAAAAUAAUUAACGUAUAUAUUCCAAAUACAUACAUAGUUGAGCCAUCUAAUUAUCUACCGCAAGUUGACACACAUUUCACACACACAGACACACACGCACACCCAUACACUCUUAUAUAUCGGUACAGUCUUACGAUGUGUUUUUCUUAGCCGAUCGAAAAGUUCUUUGCAGCUGAAGCUUCGGUUGCUUCAAUUGCAGACAAACUUUUCUGUACGCUGCAGUGUUGCAAACGCUUUUAAAAAGUGUUGCGCAAUGCUAUCGGUUUGACAAACAAGCAUAUAUAUAAAUUAACCACGUACAGGUUGCUUUUUCCUUUAAAACUUAAGCAUAAUUCGAUGUCUAUAAAAAAAACUAAACAAAAAAAACCCAAAAAAAAAUUAUUAUCAAGAAAA